AUGCGCACCUCGUUCUGGACCGCUCUUGCCGCCCUUGUGGCUGUCACUGUCCGAGCCGACACCUACCGGCUCGAAUUCCACGCCGAAACGGGCACCACUUUCGAGGACCCCUGGGACGGGCACUUGGUGGUAGGUCCCGGCUGGAUCUGGCAGCCUGUCAACGAGGGGUUCCCCGGGCUCGCCGUCUUCGCCAACAUAUACCCUCCCAAUGCACCGCCUAAGAGACUCCGUUGCGAGAUCCAGGCGAAUGACGCUACCACCGGUUAUGACAAAGAAAAUGCGAAACUGUUCUUCCGACCGGUGGUGGGGGCGACCUAUGCGCUUGAGCUGGACACUUUCGAGUUCCGCUCGUGGAAGGUAGACUGCUGGGAGGUGUUCGAUUAG